ACACACACACAUGCAGACGGUUCGCUUGUACAUACAUGUCCUCUCAAAGAUCACAUACAAAUACAAAAACACACACGCUCUCUCCUCCCACCCGCUGUUUGUUCCUCCUCUCUCUCUCUCUCUCGCUCUUUCUCUCUCACUCGGUCCUUGGUCGAUGCUGUGAGUUCCUCCUCUCUGUGUUUGGGGGGUUAAACAUAGGAUUCUCUCUGCCUUCCUCUCAGUCUGCAAUCAGCAAUGCACACACACACACGCACACAGCCAGACGCAGCAGCUAUGAGCGCAGGCGAUGUGGUGUGCACAGGAUGGCUCAUAAAAUCCCCUCCGGAGAAGAAGCUAAAGAGAUUUUCAUGGCGAAAGCGAUGGUUUGUUUUGCGGAGGGGUCGGAUGAGCGGGAAUCCUGAUGUUUUGGAAUAUUACCGUAGCAAGAGUUCCCGAAAACCAAUCAGAACCAUCGACCUGCAGGAGUGCGAGGUCACCAUCGAGGCAGAGGUGCGGCCCACCAAACGCCAGUAUGAGAAUCAGCACCUGUUUGUGGUCAAGACCGCUACGCGCAUCUUUUACCUGCUGGCCAAAACGGCAGAAGAGAUGAACAUCUGGGUACAGAACAUUGGACAGAUUUGCACGUUUGGAGGACUGAACAGACAUGCAGAAUCAAUGGACAGUCUUAAUCGCACUCCCUCUUCCCAGCAGCCCUCUCCAGCACUCUCUCCUCAUGUUUCUCUCGUGGCCAAUCAGGACACAGUUACCGUCGAAAACCACGAUGUCCUAGACAGGCCCAGCGAAUCAGAGAUCAGUCCUCCACUUGACUACCUCUUUCUCUCUCAGUGUGAAACCGGCACGAAGAGCAUCGUCAGGUGUGACAGCAUCUCUAACUCUGAACGCUCCUUUGAGCAGAGCUCGUCUGAGUACACAGAGGAUGUGUUUAGCCCCACCCCACGCACUGACUCCUCCCCCUCCCCUUUCCUUUUGGGUGGAGUGUCCGAGCCCCCAUUCAGUGCCCCCUGUGGCCCGCUCUCUCUCUCCUCCUCCCUUUCGUCCUGCCUCUCGUCUCCCAUCUCUCUACGCCGGCCAUCGGACAUUUUCAGAUUCGACCGGCCCUUCUACGGUACAUCAGACCCACAGACGCCUCCUCCCCUCCCACCCAAACCUACACACCUGUCCGAUCAUCAUGGUAAUGAGGAUACCGGCCGUAAUCAGCCGCAACCUGCUCUCCUGCCUCGCAGGACGUCACUUUCAGGAAUAGACCACUUUAAGAGAGGAGAGUUUGACAAUGCUGGAAGAAACUGGAACAAACGUCUAAGCCUCAACCUGCCAAUAUUUCUGAAUACCACAGUUACUGAAAACCACUCUGAGGAUUCAUAUGUGCCCAUGGCCUCCCCACCGAUCAGCUGCUCUGAUGUGACUUCAGACGGAUACAUACCCAUGAGCCCUUCCACCCUGUCCGUCUCCCUACUCACCAAUGGCAAAACAGAGCUGCCUUCGCCUUCGAAUCCUGACCUUGAGCCUCCUCCAGUCGACCGCAACCUUAAACCAAGAAUACGGGCUCGACCGCCUCCUUUAGACCUGCGGGGUCUGUCCACAAUUUCUGAAUGUCCUUUCCACGUUCCCCUCACACGCACCAUGACAGAACCCAGCACAUCACUUCAGUCUGUUCCUUUGGACAGGCGGCGGGGAUGGGGCUUAAACGGCUCUGAACAGGAAGGGAACAUCACGCCAACGGAGUCUCGGCUCUUGUUCCCAGCUUGUGAUUCUGCUCCCUGGAUGAGGCCUUCUCAGCUGGAUUACUUGUCACUUGACUUUAAUUCUGCCUCCCCCUCACCUGUUCAGAAGAAACCGCUGCUGGCAGACGAGUACAGGGUGGAUUACGUGCAGGUAGACGAGAAGAAGACACAGGCUUUACAAAACACCAAGUUGGAGUGGAAGGAUGUACAUGUUGGUUUUUUACACUGCUAUAAAAGGAGCCAGUACAGAGCUGGAAAAGAAACCUUCAGAAAUAAAAUGGCAGAUAAUUCAGGAAAUUAUUCCAGAAUAAAAGACCUCCAACACAAUGAUUCAAGAAUAAAGCUUUGUUUUGUAGUUCUUUUCCCGGGAAGAGAAUUAGCAUUUCCUAUGAAUUUUUAGAGUAGUGUGUUUUUUUUGGCUUAUGAGUAAAGUAAAAUAUGCAGUUGAUGUUAAAGUGCCCCUAUUAUGGGUUAUGAA